UAUAAAAUAAAUCGUAAACCCUACCUUAAAUUAUUAUUUUGGUAUUGAUAAUUAUCUUGAACAAGACAAACAUAAAUAUUCUAUAUCAAAUAAUAAUAAUAAUCACGCAAGCGACAAAAUGGCGGCGUCCAUAAGAAUUUCAAGUGUAUCUUCACCCCUAACAUGCCUGGUGAGACCGUUGUUUGUGACCAAAAUCAGUAGCAAUUCAAACUUGACCUGUUAUAGACAAAAUUGUCACAUGGCUGCCAUCACAAAGACUCAGAGGAAACACUUUAUGAGGACAUACCCAGUUCUUCUAGUUCAACCAGAUGGCUCAACUAUAAAUAUACAAUACAAAAUACCAAGAGCCAUUUUAAAGCUGCCUGAAAAUCUUGACAGAUUGACAGAGGCCGAGAAGCAGGCAAGACGGAAGAAACUUAACCCUGUGAAAGUCAUUGAAAUAAAAGAAGAUAUUGAAGAUGAAAUUGAUUUAGCAAAUGAAUAUCAAAAUCUGCUAGACAAUUAGUGAUAUAGAGUUUUGUUCAUAGUCAUACAAAUGGUCAUUAAAUUGUGUUCUUUAAUUAACAAUGAUGAAAUUCAAUAGUCAAGUAAGGUGAAAUGAUUUCAUUGGUAUUGAAAUCUAUAAAGUGAUGAUGAUUUGUACUUGAACCACUUAUUUUAGAAAGUAUAUACAAUGUGAGCAAUUAGAAUCUGUAUAAUGUAGAGUGCUUAAUCAGGGUAGAGAAAAUUUCUUUGCAAAAUGCAUGUUUAUGACAGUUACAUUCAAACUCAUAAUUUAAAAUUAUUACCCUGUAAAUGCAUUGCUCUCUAAAAAUAUUAUUGUCUGGGUAUUUUCUGGCCACAAAUAUAUACAUGUAUACAAAACGUUUAGGAUUUUGAAAAUUUGUGAUGAGUUACAGCAUUCACUUGACUACCUUAGAUAUAAUUACUAUUUCUGUCUUGUUUUGAAAUCUGUGUUUUAACUAUGUAUUGUUUCUCCAUAUUGGUUCACCAGUUGGUUAAAUAGCUUUCUGACAAACAUAAAAUGUAAGCUAUUUGAAGGGAAAUAAAAGUGAAGAAACUUCA